CCCUGCCCACACCCUCAGACCACACAGCUCUCUCUCAGAGUCAGGGGCUAAUUGCGGCAGAGAACCCUGGAGCCGGAGGAGCAAAGGGCAGCCACACUGCUCGACCUCAGCGCCAACAUGCUGUACCUGGAACCCACCGCUCCAGCACAGUACAGUGAGCCGCAGUACACAAACCUGGGGCUCCUGAGCAGCAUGGACCCACAGAUACAGGGCAGAAGCUCCACCUCCACCAGCCCUUACAACAGCGAGCAUGCCCAGAACAACGUCACCGCGCCGUCACCCUACGCCCAGCCCAGCUCCACCUUCGACGCCCUCUCUCCAUCUCCCGCCAUUCCCUCCAACACGGACUACGCAGGCCCCCACACCUUUGACGUGUCCUUCCAACAGUCCAGCACCGCCAAGUCGGCCACCUGGACGUACUCCACAGAACUGAAGAAGCUGUACUGUCAGAUCGCCAAGACCUGCCCAAUCCAGGUGAAGGUUCUGACCAGCCCUCCCCAGGGGGCAGUCAUCAGGGCGAUGCCAGUUUACAAGAAGGCAGAGCACGUGACGGAGGUGGUGAAGCGCUGCCCGAAUCAUGAGCUGAGCCGAGAGUUCAACGAUGGUCAGAUAGCUCCCCCUAGUCACCUGAUCCGUGUGGAGGGAAACAGCCACGCCCAGUAUGUGGAGGACUCCAUCACAGGACGGCAGAGCGUGUUGGUGCCGUACGAGCCGCCCCAGGUGGGCACAGAGUUCACCACCAUCCUUUACAACUUCAUGUGCAACUCCAGCUGUGUUGGGGGCAUGAACCGACGCCCAAUUCUCAUCAUCGUUACCCUGGAAACCAGAGAUGGUCAGGUUCUGGGGCGGCGCUGCUUUGAGGCCCGGAUCUGCGCCUGCCCGGGCCGGGACCGCAAGGCUGACGAGGACAGCAUCCGCAAGCAGCAUGUGGCGGACGGGACAAAGGGCAGUGAUGCGUUCCGGCAGGCGUCACAUGCCAUCCCACUCUCCUCCAUCAAGAAGAGAAGAUCCACAGACGAAGAGGUGUUCUGCCUGCCCAUCAAAGGCCGUGAAACCUAUGAGCUUCUGGUGAAAAUUAAAGAGUGUCUGGAGCUGGUGCAGUUUGUGCCUCAGCACACAGUCGAUUCCUACAGGCAGCAGCAGCAGACACUGAUCCCGAAACAGGUGGCGACCCAGCAGUCUUUUGGCUCCACCUCUCCUCCCCUCAGCAAGAUGAACAAACUGCCCUCUGUCAGUCAGCUGAUCAACCCCCAGCAGCGCAACUCCCUCACCCCAUCCAGUCUGGUUGGAGGCCUCACUGACAUGACUCCUGUGAUGAGCAGCCACAUCCCCAUGGCGUCGGAUAUGGGCGGACUGAGCCCCACCAGCGCCCUGCAGUCGCAGUUACCCAUGAUGCCCUCCUCCCACUGCACGCCCCCACCACCCUACCCCAUCGACAGCAGCAUCUCCAGUUUCCUGGUGAGGCUGGGGUGUGCUGGCUGUCUGGACUACUUCACCGCCCAGGGCCUGUCCAACAUCUACCAGAUUGAGAACUACAGCAUGGAGGACCUGUCACGGCUGAAGAUCCCUGUGGAGUUUCAGCACAUCAUUUGGAAGGGGAUCCUGGACCACAGGCAGGCCAUGGACAUCUCGUCCCCAUCACACCUGCUCCGCGCGGCGGGCGGCUCCUCGGCGGUCAGCGCCGUGUCCGGGGAGGCACGGGGCGAGCGCGUCAUCGACGCCGUGCGUUUCACACUGCGCCAGACCAUCUCCUUCCCGCCGCGCGACGACUGGAGCGACUUCUCUUUCGACGUGGACUCCUCCCGCCGCAACAAGCAGCAGCGAAUCAAAGAGGAGGGCGAGUGAAGAGGCCCCGCCCUCUACGCUAUCCGCCCCCCGCCCCCCCCCCGCACCUGGCCACACCCAACAAAAACUGUGCCACAUCUCUGCUUCUUCCUGCUGCUCCGCUGCUUGGUUUACAAACAGAAGUUAUGCACUUACUUCCUUUGCUUAAUGCCCUUGUGUUACAGAGUCAUACGCAGGCCACUAUAAUAGCCGGCCGGGUUUAGGGUGGAAUAAGGUUUGUCAGUCCAUACUUUUUUUUUUUUUUGGAACUCUGACCUUUAACCUCUGUGACAGAGCACUUAACAAAGGCUGAAAGGUUUCAUAACAGCUUUGCGCUGAUCCAGUGUUCGUCUCGGUCUUAGUGGUAAAGUAGUUUAGUCUCUUGGAAACUCACUGCAGGGUUUUCUUUACUGAGGGUGUACUGUAGCAAAACAACAAAACAAAAGAGUUUUACGUUAAUUUUUCAGAAGGAACUCAAAAUACUGUACAGCUUUGCCUUCAGCCAGCUGUGAUCGGAUGAAUCCAAAGAUUUGUACGAUGAUGUGAUAUUACCAUUAUUUUCAGAUAAAGUGUUACUCCGCUGCUGUUUGGUGCUAUUGGGUGGUUGUCAGCUGUGGGGCAGGGGCCGUAUUACUCCUUCUCUUUAAAUCAAAGUUUACAUGGAAAAUGGUGUUUCUAUUAAUGGCCCUGAAGGGUUAUGCAUUAUUAUUAAUAAUUCUACUGCAAAACCAUUGACAUUUCCUCCAAAUUAGAAGAAUCUCAGAUGAGAUGAACUUGUCCCAUAUCAAGUUUACCAGUGCCUGCCUUUUCUGCCAUCUUGUGCAACCCUCAGGUGAACUGCAGUGAAUUGGGGUUGCAUCACCUUUCUUUCUGUGUGUAUGUCACACAACACGGGGUUGUCUUACUCCAGGAAAUUCUGGGUAAUCUACAGUGACGUGUUGAGCUUACAUUAGUGCAUUGUGGGAACGCUCUGUGUUUAGUAGCAGGUCAAAAUGACAGUAAUUGUGUAUAUAUAUUUUUGUAUAACUUUUUUUUUUAAUGUGGAGAAGGUUUUCCAAGAUGCAGAUAUAUCAGCUGUUUUAUUAAACAUUUCAUUUUUCUGGUGAAUUUCUUGAGAUUGUUUGAAGCAGUGUUCUAUGCAGCCUGUAAGGGUUAAAAGGGAAUGACCAACUGGAUAUCACAUUCAGUCAGGAAACUGCCCUUUCUUACUGAAUGAAAAUGUAAUAAAUAUGUUUUAUGUACUAUGCAGUCACUGCCAUUUGAAAACAGGGGGUAUGAAACAGAGGUUACAGGUGAUUUUUAUAUUAUUUUUCCUGUAUCUUGUCUCAGUGUGUAAAAGAGCAGAGGAGUCCUAAAUUUCAAUGUAAUGCACUGAAGCUUUGUGUGCAUGCUGGAUUACGACAUCACAGUGUAACGCACUGAAGCUUCGUGUGAGUGAUGGAUAAUGUCAGAUGUAAAAUGUUUGAGAAUUGUACAUAAGUUUAUCAUGAGAUAUUCUGUACAUCUGAAGACAGAGAUGACCUUAAAACAUACAGCUGGCCAUUUAAAAAUAUAGAGCAUAUUAACCAUAUACAGAAGUGAAAGAUUAAGUCUGAGAUGCAGUCCAGUGUGACACAGAUGCUAUCAGAAAAAAUCCAGCUCUGACUUUCAUUUUUCGUUUGGUUUUGUUUUUUCACAAGGUGAAAUGUUUUGACUCAUUUUGUAUAAUUUCUUGUAUAUAUUUCACAAUUUAUAGAUAUAUAAACAUUUCUCCUUAUUUUGAUAUAUACAAAAAAAUAAAA